CGCACCACAGAGGCACCAGCGUCGAUAAGAAACGACGGACGCCUCGCAAACUCUCACAUCUAGUUCAGUUUUAUCAUUCUUGCAUUCUCUACACACUUGGGAUUGAAUCAAAGGAAGAAGGAAUGAUGUCCAUAGCAGCAGAAGGAUCAAGAGACAUGAGCUAUGUUUCGCACAGUGAGUCAGAGAGCGUCGCGGGCGUGGGCGGCAGCUGUCGUGAAUGGGCACAGAUCACUACAAACCACCGCCACCACCGCCACCGCCCGCAACCCAACACCUGUGGCACCCCUGGCACCCUCCUUCUCCAAGGUCAUGGCCACUUCACCUAGACCAGCAGAAGAAGAGCAGCUACGAUGGAGGUUCGCUGCGGACGACAGGGUGCGCAGCAUGGUGGCGCGGGUGGAGGUGAGCACUAGGCAGACCACCACCCUCACUCUCAACUCCUCCAAGCCCCUCACUCCCGCCCUGGUGGAGGAGGCGCUCCAACACCUCUACGACAAGGUGGAGUCCCUCAGGCUGUGUUUCCGGUUGCGUGACGGACAGCUAUGGCUCGCCGACAUGCCGCACCGUAAGCUGGACUUUCAGGUGGUGAGCGGCGGUGACUUGGAGGAGCAGCACGUCUUGGUGAGGGACUCGCCAUUCGACCUCCACGACGGGCCGUUGUGGAAAGCUCGUCUCUUGCCGUGUCCUGAGGACGCUGAAUGCCACUUCCCAGAAGUAAAGGCAACCUUGCCUCACCAGUGCCACAUCGUGCUAAGCCUGCACCACGCCGCCAACGACGGAAUGGUGGUGAUGAUGGUGACACAACUGCUGAUUGACAUCCUAGACAGCCUCCUGCAGGGCCUGCCCGUGAGCAGCAAGCAGGUCGGGGAGCUGUACGAAGGCGUUAAGGUGAGGGAAGAGGAGGCCAGGAUUAGAGCAGCACUGCUCCAGGACCCAGAGAGGCUGGUGAAGGCGCUCAGGCAGCACGUGAAUAGCAAGCGCCUUCCUCUGCUCAUGGAGACCUUUGGGCUGCCAAAAACGGAAGAGUGGACCACCAAGAACUUGCCUCUAGUCGUCCUGGACAACCAACGCAUGGAAAAGUUUGCCGCCAAAUGUCGCUCCGUGGGCGCCACCAUUAACGCUGGCUUCACAGCGAUCAUCAACAUGGGGCUGGUGGAGUUAGCGCAGGAGGCGGGGCUGCACAGGGACGUCUAUUACUUGUCAAGCAACCAUCCCGUCGACUGCCGCCGUUUCAUAAAGGAUUCCCAGAACAUCCCUCUAGGUUACCACAGUAUCCCCAUAACCCAGAGCACCGCCACGCCCCGAGACGUGAAGGAACACUUCUGGGAGUAUGUCAAGACACUGGACGCGGAGCUACGGGAUAAAAUCAAGAGGAACUACAAUUGUGAAGAGAGAUUGUUGGACACAAUGUUGAGGCCCCAAGACUACACACACGAGGCACACAGUGUUCUCCGGCAGCUGCCUUCCUGUGACUACAUAUUCUCAAAUCUGUACUCACCCCGCACGUCGUAUGCAGGCGCUGGCAAGUGCGUGCAACUGACUUCCGCGGCCAACUACAUGACCAUCCAUAACGAGAAGUUUUCUAUGGGCGUGGGACUUUUCAGCUUCCGUGGACAUGCGCGGUUGCAGCUUGCUUACUCGACGGCGGCUGUCAAUAAGGAGGUGGCUUACAAGUUUCAGGAGAAGAUCCUUGCCUUGUUUAAUGAAUUGGUCAGUUAACUAGAUUAAGGAUAAUUUUUACUGUUCUUUCCGGGAGUACUGACUAAUCUUAUUAUGACGAGGAAUAUCUUAUUGAUUCCGAAAUUGUAUGAAAGUUUCAAAAUAGCAUUACCUGAAGUACGAAUACUUAAGAAGCAAACACGUCGAUGAUGGUUUUAGUGGUAUAGGUGUAGACAUAGUCCUCGCAUCGCCCUUGUGUAUGUUGUCACUACACCCUUAAGGCAGGACUUGGUAAUAUUGACAGUAGCUCAGAAGCUAUGUACUUAGUGUGAGACAAUCCUGUACGUUUAACUCCUUUUAUGUUGUAAGAUAUUUUUUUUUACAAAGAAAGGAUAAUUUAGAUGUGAUUUUGGUUGAUAUUGCAUGCGAAAUCAUGUAGAUGUUUUACAUUUAAGCCAAGGAUGUAAGUCCCGGUAAGGAGUGACAUAAUAACGUAUUCGAUGAAGAAGAAUGUAAUAUUAUAAUGUUUUCUGGAUGAUGCUUUGCCGACUGUGGAGCGACAUUGCUGCCUCUGAACCCAUGCACAUUAUUUCAUCAUUUCAUAUUUUUGUGUAAUUAUCUAUUCAUCUAUUUUUUUUAUGUUAUUUUAUUUCAUGCUGUUGUUUUUCAUCAAUUGGUUCGUACAAGAGACCAGUGCAGGACGAUGCUGGGCAAAGUUGGUCUCCCCUCCACACCACUGUAUUGCCGGGAACGAGAUCGAAAUAAGUUAUUAUUUUUAAUUGGGCCAGGGAACACAUUCUGCGGCGCUAAACGAACCCAAACCCUGUCUCAGUGUCUUUCCGGUUCGGGUUCAAACUCGGUCCUCUCAGUUGCCCUGCGUCUUUUGAUAAGCGUCAGCAGCAUGUACUCCACUGCAUCUAAAGGUGCUACACUGUGAUAAACGUCUCGUGACUGAUGUGUCUGCGUCCUGACGAAGGCUGCCAAACGGUCAUUCUCAUUUCACGACUGGUGUGUGUGUGUGUGUGUGUGUGUGUGUGUGUGUGUGUGUGUGUGUGUGUGUGUGUCGAUAAGCAGCCUAAUAAUCAUUAAAUGCAUUUCUUUUUC